AAUCUAGAGCGCGGCGGUCUCAAGGGACUGGGUUGACUACAGGUGCUUGCUGCUGCUGAUUCCAGCCUCCAGUCUUCUAUUGUACUGUACUGCCACUAGACUUUUCACUCCAGUUCCAGUUCUCUAGGUCUUCCGUUUGGCUGGCGUGAGCGAAACGUUGCGAAUGACUGACUGACUGGCUGAUAACGCAGCCGUAGACAGCCAAUGGCUGACUAACCUUGCUGUCUUACAGGUAGCUAGAGCGGUGGGUUGCCUGCUACGGCUCUAGUAGAUACCACGAAUCGCAAUUAUCACUGGUUCGGCUCGGCUUUUUAGAACUUUGCAGAAACGAAAGGCUUAACGCGCGCUAGUUUUUGCGAGUAUCCCGAAAGCGGUUAAGUGGCGUGAAGAGCCAUGGCGACGGUUUCGUUGCAUGUGUACGACAUCACGAACAGCCCGAAUCCCAAGACGAACAACGCCAUUCUUCAGAUCAACAGAGUCACCAAGGACGCGCUGGGGAUCGGCGGGAUCUUCCACGGAGCCGUCGAGAUUCAUGGCGAAGAGUGGUCGUUUGGCUACUGCGAGCGAGGAUCAGGGGUGUUCAGCUGUCCUCCUAAGGCGAACCCCAUGUACACAUUCAGGGAGACGAUAGAGAUGGGGGUCACGGGCAUGGGGGAGCAGAAAGUGAGGGAGCUGCUCCGAAGACUCAGCAAAGAAUGGCCAGGACGCUCUUAUGACAUGCUGGCGCGAAACUGCAACCAUUUCUGCGACGAAUUUUGUCAAGCGCUUGGCGUUGGCCCUACUCCAGUCUGGGUGAACCGCUUUGCUUAUGCUGGCGAUGUGACAUUGGAAUUCUACGAUCAAGCAUCAACACAGCUCUCUCAAUGGCGUGACUCCGUGACCCAGUUCAGCUCCUUCACGUACCAAUAUCUCUUUGGUCCACCACAAACGCCACAAAUUACAGCAUCUGCAUCGCUCCCAGCUAUGCAGUCAUCGCCUUCUUUGAAUGGUGGAAGUGGAGUCACUGCGUCAAAGAGCAUGGAUGCGAUGAGGGAACCCAGGGAAGGGGAUGGAUCACCCUUGCUCGCUGCUGAUGGGAAUAGAGAAGGCAACCGAGCAUCCUUGCCAGUGUUUGCUACAGUGGAGGCUUCUUCAAGAGCUCAAAGUUAAUAUUCUACAAGGCUCAUUCUGAGAUUUUAAUCAGGGCUGGGUUCAUUCUACUACAUGGAGCCACGUUGAAGCCAAUAGGCUGGUGAAUAAAGUGGAAUGUGGAUGUAAGUUUUUUAUGUUUCUUGGGCAUUUUAGUGUC